AUGACUUUCAAUCCACUAGCUGUUAUUCUCAAAGAAACUAAACUAGUUGGACCUAAUUAUAUUGAUUGGAAAAGGAACUUGGAUAUUGUAAUGACUGUAGAGGAGUACAAGUAUGUGCUCAUAGAGGUAUGUCCACAGAAACCUAGUGAAAGGGCAACCGAUGAGGGAACCCAGGCUUACUGGAAGUGGAUUAAGGCUGAUGAGAUGGCGCGGUGUUACAUUUUGGCAUCUAUGUUGAAUGUUCUGCAACAUCAGCAUCAGUUUGUGCCUUCUGCCUAUGAUUUAAUGCAAAACCUCAAAGAAAUGUUUGGGAAUCAAAAUCGUGCUUCUAGGCAGACUACUAUGAAGGAACUUAUGAAUACUACUAUGGCAGCAGGGACCCCAAUAAGGAAUCAUGUUUUGAAGAUGAUUGGUCUUCUCAAUGAGUUAGAGAUCCUUGGAGCUGAAAUCGAUGGGGAAUCCCAGGUCAAUAUCGUUCUAUAGUCGCUACCUGACUCUUUCAAGUAGUUUUUCUUGAACUACAACAUGAAUAAGUUCUCUUACUCAUUGGCAGAAUUACUUAAAGAGCUUCAAGCAAUUGGGGGCCUCAACAAGAAGCCAACUAUUGCUCUUAUGACUGAGAAAGGUUCUUCUUCUAGGCUGAAAGGCCGAAAGAAGGAAAAAAAAGUUCAGAAACUACGGGGAGCUCCUCCAGUAGUGCAUGGGCCGUAG